UCUCGGUGCCCAAUGACGUGAUAUGUUCCAGAUAGUUCCGAUUGGAGGAUCCUUCUUGCAUCGAGGGUUUUAACCGACGACUCUAGUGUGGUCACAUGGCUGCAGGAUUGAUCUGGCUGGAGAAGAUGAGAGGCGUAGGUCUAUGGGAUGUGUCGAAAAGUGGGCGAUAAACUUGUGGGCUUCGUAGGUAGGACCUAAUCCGUUUGUAGGGAAGUUGCGAGUGCUGCAGCAGCGUGGCAAAGUGGAAGUGAGACCACGCUGAGGUUGCUCAAAGGAAGUGAGGAGAAUGUGUAGGCCUCUAACAAUCAGUCUCGCUAUGGCAUCCAUGCUCUCCACCGUAGUCACUAACACCACCAUCGCCAAGCCUGCCUCCGCCGCGCGCUCCUUCAAAGCUGCCUCCAACGCCGCCUCCCUGCGGCCUUCCGUCUUCAAACUCACGCACAACCCAACGCUUCGUUUCGAAGCCAGGCGGGGAGUGGCUAUGGCGUCAGCUGGAGGAGCUGAGACCCAAGUGCAGAAGUCUGAGGAAGAGUGGAGGGCCAUUCUGAGCCCCGAGCAAUUCCGUAUCCUGCGUCAAAAGGGCACUGAAUAUCCUGGUACCGGUGAGUACAACAAGAACAAAGCCGAAGGAGUGUAUAAUUGCGCUGGCUGUGGAACUCCUCUUUACAAAUCAACCACUAAGUUCGACUCCGGCUGUGGAUGGCCAGCAUUCUUUGAGGGCCUUCCUGGUGCUAUCAAUGAGACGACCGAUGCAGAUGGCCGUCGUGUGGAGAUUACCUGCGCAGCUUGUGGAGGUCACCUGGGGCAUGUUUUCAGGGGCGAGGGUUUCCCUACUCCAACUGACGCACGGCACUGUGUCAAUAGCGUCUCAUUGAAGUUUACACCAGCAAACAAGUCUUGAAUUUGAAAUGUGGUUCCUCUAGAGAAACGCAGCGUCAGCUUGCAUGUUGAAAUCGAGAGUGCACAUUGUAUUGCACAAGGACAACAAUACUAUCUAUCUAAUACAGUAGGUUAGAGGUGUACUGUUAAUGUAUAAAAUUGUAAGCUUCUCGUGUUCAGUUCUUUCUUAAGGAAUGAUUAGCAAUCGGUUUUAAUGUAAAAUCUACAGCUCUGUAGUAUCAAGGAGCCUGAUCUGCAUUAUAUGCACAUGUUUUAAUCAUUUGAAGAAUUAAAACUCAAUCGACUGCUCAGUGAGAACGUGUUGCUUUACUUGA